UCAAAGGGAAAAGUUUACAAUACCACUCAGCCUUUACAAUACCUCCUCCACGACUGCUUCUCAACGCUACUACCUCCGCCUCUUCGGCAACUGCUCCUCCUCAUCAGAAAAUGGGGGUGAAACAAAUGGUGCAGUAAUCCAUUCUAUUAGGCUCUACCCAAUUCAGGGAUUUGGGCUUUGGAAAUAAAAACAUGGCAUGGUUUAGAUUAGCAUCAGGAGUGGCCAAGGCCACUCUCAGGAGAAAUCUUAUUCAGGCUUCUUACACAACUCGGCCUUCAUGGACUGUCCCAUAUGCUCGACCUUUUCAUUCUACUGUAAGGAGGUCCCAAGCCCAAGCAGCACCUGUUCCCCGCCCAGUUCCUCUCUCUAAACUUACUGAUAGCUUUCUUGAUGGAACUAGUAGUGUCUACUUAGAGGAAUUGCAGAGGGCUUGGGAGGCUGAUCCAGAGAGUGUCGAUGAAUCAUGGGACAAUUUUUUUAGAAAUUUUGUUGGGCAAGCUGCUACUUCUCCCGGGAUAUCCGGGCAAACCAUUCAAGAAAGCAUGAGGCUCCUGUUGCUAGUUAGAGCCUAUCAAGUGAAUGGGCAUAUGAAGGCCAAGCUUGACCCACUUGGUUUAGAGGAGAGGGAAAUACCUGCUGAUUUGGACCCUGGGCUUUAUGGGUUUACUGAAGCUGAUCUAGAUAGGGAAUUUUUUCUUGGAGUUUGGAGAAUGGCUGGUUUCUUGUCUGAGAAUCGGCCUGUUCAAACCCUUAGAUCAAUAUUAAACCGGCUAGAGCAGGCUUAUUGUGGGUACAUUGGUUUCGAGUAUAUGCAUAUAGCCGACAGGGAUAAAUGCAAUUGGUUGAGAGAUAAGAUCGAGACAGUUGAGCCUAUGAAGUACAGCCAAGAGCGUCGUGAGGUUAUUCUUGAUAGGCUUAUUUGGAGCACGCAGUUUGAGAACUUCUUGGCUACAAAGUGGACAGCUGCAAAGAGGUUUGGUCUUGAAGGUGCGGAGACUCUUAUCCCUGGCAUGAAAGAAAUGUUUGAUAGGUCAGCAGAUUUGGGGGUUGAGAGUAUAGUUAUUGGCAUGUCACAUAGAGGAAGGUUAAAUGUGUUAGGAAAUGUGGUCAGGAAGCCAUUACGCCAGAUUUUCAGUGAAUUCAGUGGUGGAACAAAGCCUGUUGAUGGAGAAGUUGGCUUGUACACAGGAACUGGUGAUGUGAAGUACCAUUUGGGUACCUCAUAUGAUCGGCCCACCAGAGGUGGAAAAAGGAUUCAUCUCUCUCUUGUUGCAAACCCUAGCCAUUUGGAAGCCGUUGAUCCUGUUGUGGUCGGGAAGACUAGGGCAAAGCAAUAUUAUUCCAAUGACACUGAAAGGAAGAAGAAUAUGGGUGUCUUGAUUCAUGGUGAUGGGAGCUUUGCUGGUCAAGGUGUUGUUUACGAGACAUUGCAUCUUAGUGCUCUUCCAAAUUACACAACUGGUGGGACCAUCCAUAUUGUGGUGAACAACCAGGUGGCUUUCACCACUGACCCAAGGUCUGGAAGGUCCUCGCAAUACUGCACUGAUGUGGCCAAAGCCUUGAAUGCACCUAUUUUCCAUGUUAAUGGUGAUGAUGUGGAAGCUGUGGUUCAUGUGUGUGAGCUUGCUGCUGAGUGGCGCCAGCUUUUUCAGUCUGAUGUAGUUGUUGACAUCAUAUGCUAUCGCCGAUUUGGACAUAACGAGAUUGAUGAGCCAUCCUUCACUCAGCCUAAGAUGUAUCAGGUCAUUAGAAAUCAUCCACGGGCCCUAGACAUUUAUCAAGACCAAUUGAUAAAAUCGGGGCAGAUAUCAAAAGAAAAUAUUGAUAGAAUAAAUAAUAAGGUCAGCACAAUUCUAAACGAAGAAUUUGUAAACAGCAAAGACGAUGUACCGAGGAAGAGAGAUUGGCUUGCUGCCUAUUGGUCUGGAUUUAAAUCACCUGAACAAAUUUCACGGAUCCGUAAUACAGGGGUGAAGCCAGAAAUAUUGAAAACUGUUGGCAAAGCAAUUACUACACUUCCAGAGAAUUUUAAGCCUCAUAGAGCAGUCAAGAAAAUUUUUGAACUACGCGGUCAGAUGAUCGAGACUGGAGAAGGAAUUGACUGGGCAGUUGGAGAAGCACUUGCUUUUGCAACUCUUAUAGUGGAAGGGAAUCAUGUCAGGUUGAGUGGUCAGGAUGUUGAAAGAGGCACUUUUAGCCAUCGGCAUUCAGUUAUUCAUGAUCAGGAGACUGGGGAAAAGUACUGUCCUUUGGACCAUCUCAUCCUCAACCAAAAUGAGGAGAUGUUUACUGUCAGCAACAGCUCUCUUUCGGAGUUUGGCGUGCUUGGAUUUGAGUUGGGUUAUUCAAUGGAAAAUCCAAAUUCAUUGGUUCUUUGGGAAGCUCAAUUUGGAGAUUUUUCAAAUGGUGCCCAAGUUAUUUUUGAUCAGUUUUUGAGUAGUGGAGAAUCCAAAUGGCUGCGACAAACUGGCCUUGUUGUAUUGCUUCCUCAUGGUUAUGAUGGUCAGGGUCCUGAACAUUCAAGUGCAAGGUUGGAGCGUUUCCUUCAGAUGAGUGAUGACAAUCCUUUUGUGAUACCCGAGAUGGAUUCCACACUUAGGAAACAGAUCCAAGAGUGCAAUUGGCAGGUUGUGAAUGUCACAACCCCAGCUAAUUAUUUCCAUGUGCUUCGGCGUCAGAUUAACAGAGAGUUUCGUAAACCCCUGAUUGUUAUGUCUCCAAAGAAUUUGCUUCGUCACAAGGAUUGCAAAUCGAACCUAUCAGAAUUUGAUGAUGUUCAAGGUCACCCAGGGUUUGACAAGCAAGGAACCCGAUUCAAGCGUCUUAUUAAGGAUCAGAAUGACCAUUCUGAUCUUGAGGAAGGUAUUAGGCGUCUAAUUCUCUGUUCAGGAAAGGUCUACUACGAACUUGAUGAAGAGCGGAAGAAAGUUGAUGGCAAAGAUCUUGCAAUCUGCAGGGUUGAGCAGCUUUGCCCAUUCCCCUAUGACCUUAUCCAGAGAGAGUUGAAGCGAUACCCAAAUGCUGAAAUUGUGUGGUGCCAGGAGGAGCCGAUGAACAUGGGUGCCUAUCCUUAUAUCACUCCUCGCCUUCUCACUGCCAUGAAGGCAUUAGGCAGGGGUUCAUACGAGGAUAUCAAAUACGUGGGGCGUGCGCCUUCAGCUGCCACAGCCACUGGUUUCUAUCAGGUGCAUGUGCAGGAACACACUGAGCUCAUUCAAAAGGCCCUACAGCCGGAUCCCAUAAAGUUCCCUUGAUGUCUCUUUCGAAACUUAUCCUCAAAGGGUACCAAAUUCAAGGUGUAUUGUCUAAGUUGCUUGGCCUAUGCUCUCUCUCUCUCUCUCUCUCCAUGCAUUACAGCUGUUCUAAAGUUUGGCAUUUUUAUUCUGAUAUAGAUAACGUUGAGUGUAUAAAAGCCUGCCCAUGGCCGUGUUGGAAUUUUGUCAAUUCAGUGCUGCAGUUGGGAUUGUUUUUUAAACUGUCUUUGUAAUUCACUGGUGUUUGUGAUUAUGAGAGAACUCUUGCAUUUCAUGCUUGGGCUUUUGUAGCAAUAAAUGUCAAACAAUAUUGACUUUUAA